GAGCCCGGAGCGGUGGCGGUGCUGGGGCGGCAGCGGCGUGUGGGGAGCGGCGUCUCCGCUGCUGGGCAGGGACGCGCCUCGGCUGCCGGGCGGAGGCGGUUCCGCGCUCGGCGGAAACAAGGAACGGGAAAGGAAGGGAGCGGCGAAAGGAACCGGUAUCGGCGGCCACCAUUAGUGGAGGCAGGAGGAGCAGCAGCAGCAGCAGCCGCCGCCGCCGCCGAGGGGGUCUGCAGGCGGAGCGGACCCGGGUGCCGCCGCCGGCAGCGAGCAGGAGCGAACCCGGCGCCUCGCUCCUCUGUUCUGUGGGGCGUCGCCGCUGCCCGCCGGGGCUCCCCCGGAGCCGGGGCGAGAUGGAGCAAUUGUCAGAUGAAGAGCUUGACCAUGGUGCAGAAGAAGAUAGUGAUAAGGAAGAUCAGGAUCUCGACAAGAUGUUUGGGGCCUGGCUGGGUGAGCUGGACAAACUCACACAGAGUUUGGAUGCAGACAAGCCUGUGGCACCAGUGAAGAGGUCACCGCUCCGCCAGGAGACCAAUCUUGCCAACUUUUCCUAUCGCUUCUCCAUGUACAAUUUGAAUGAAGCCCUGAAUCAGGGGGAGACUGUGGAUCUGGAUGCCCUCAUGGCUGAUCUCUGUUCCAUAGAGCAGGAGCUCAGCAGCAUUGGCUCUCAUUCAGCAAACAAUGCUGCAGUGAAACGCCUUGCCACGGAGCCCAAAACUCAGAAACCACCUGCUAGUCGACCUUCCACUAAGCACAGCAGCGUGAAAGGGUUGUCCUCUGCUAAGGUGACUAAACCAUCACAUGCCAACGUGUCUCUGGAUGACAUCACUGCACAGUUAGAGAAGGCCUCUUUGAGCAUGGACGAAGCAGCCCAGCAGUCCGUUGCAGAAGACACCAAGCCAGUGGUGACUGCCCAGCACAGGAGGACAGCAUCUGCUGGCACAGUGAGUGAUGCUGAGGUGCGCUCCAUCAGUAACUCCUCCCGUUCCAGCGUGACCUCAGCAGCUUCCAGCAUGGACUCCCUGGAUAUCGAUAAGGUGACAAGACCUCAGGAGCUGGACUUGACAUCACAAGGGCAACCAAUCACCGAGCAUUCCUAUUUGGACAGGGAAACCUCCCUUCUUCUGAGAAACAUUGCAGGAAAGCCUUCUCAUUUGCUGACCAAGGAGGAACAGGCUGCUAAACUGAAAGCUGAGAAAAUUAGGGUUGCAUUAGAGAAGAUUAAAGAAGCACAAGUGAAAAAGUUGGUGAUCAGAGUCCAUAUGUCUGAUGACAGCUCAAAAACAAUGAUGGUGGAUGAGAGGCAAACAGUGAGACAAGUAUUAGACAAUUUGAUGGAUAAAUCACAUUGUGGCUACAGUUUAGAUUGGUCAUUAGUGGAAACCAUCUCUGAAUUGCAAAUGGAACGAAUCUUUGAAGAUCAUGAAAAUUUAGUUGAAAAUCUCUUGAACUGGACAAGAGACAGUCAAAACAAACUAAUGUUCGUGGAACGUAUAGAGAAAUAUGCACUUUUCAAGAAUCCACAGAACUAUCUUCUGGGGAAGAAAGAAACCUCUGAGAUGGCAGACAGAAAUAAAGAGGUGCUACUAGAGGAAUGCUUCUGUGGAAGUUCUGUAACUGUGCCAGAGAUUGAGGGAGUUUUGUGGCUGAAAGAGGAUGGUAAGAAAUCAUGGAAGAAACGUUACUUCCUUCUCCGGGCUUCUGGAAUCUACUAUGUCCCUAAAGGGAAGGCCAAGGUCUCACGGGAACUCGUGUGCUUUCUCCAGCUCGACCAUGUCAGUGUUUACUAUGGACAGGACUAUCGGAACAAAUACAAGGCACCCACAGACUAUUGUUUAGUGCUAAAGCAUCCUCAGAUCCAGAAGAAGUCCCAGUAUAUCAAAUAUCUCUGCUGUGAUGAUGUAAGAACUCUACACCAGUGGAUCAAUGGCAUCCGCAUUGCUAAGUACGGGAAGCAGCUAUACAUGAACUAUCAGGAAGCAUUGAAGAGAACAGAGUCAGCAUAUGACUGGACCUCCUUGUCUAGCUCCAGUAUCAAGUCAGGCUCCAGCUCAUCUAGUUUGCCAGAAUCUCAAUCAAAUCAUUCUAAUCAGUCUGAUAGUGGAGUUUCUGACACCCAGACAGCUGGCCAUGUCCGUUCCCAAAGCAUUGUCAGCUCCAUGUUCUCUGAGGCCUGGAAACGAGGCACUCAACUGGAGGAAUCCAGCAAGGUAACAAGAAGACUUUAAUUUGAGAACCAGCGCCCAACAAAAUGUAUGAGAGAGUGUUGUACCUCUUCCACCUCUGUCUUGAGUGGCAUUUCUUCUCUGUUUUACGUGGUUAAUUUACACUGCUAUAUAAUUGUUUUUCAGGAUUCACUUUUUCCAGUAAUUAAGCCCUGCAGCUUUCUGUUCAUUCUUUUAUUUGUGUGCAUAGAAGCUUUUUGUUCUUUGAAGGCAUUAUACAGCCCCUCUCACAGAGUCCUAUUUACUAAUGUUGAAUGAAGACAAAAUAAAAAGAUAAGCUGUUAACAAGUUUAAUGAAAUUCUUUCACUAAGAUCUUUCUCCAGUUAAGUAGCCACAUCUUUCCUUUGUAAAGACGUGAAUAACUGGGGCCUGAAAGCAGGUAUAUAUGUUUUGAAAUACUUCAGUAGUUUUUACUCAAAAGUGUUCUGUUAGGUGGGAAUGGAACCAGUAACCUCAGAUAUGGUCAAAACAAAAGUACUGACAUUGUCAGCAGUUUGUGGAUUAAGGCAGAUGAAAUUAAGGCAAACUCCUGUUGGUGGUAGAGAGUUACAGAAGACUUUAACCCACUGAGGCUGGGGCUCAGGUCUGUUGUGGUUAGUUUUCUGUGUGUUGGUUAGUUUUCUGUUCUUUCUGUGGUUAACUGUUGUAGUUCCUGGGGAAAAUUUCCAUGCACAGGAGAAAUUCUGCUGAAGCUGUUUGUUGUCAGGUUUGAAGGAAUCUCCAGGUUCCUGAACAGCCUUGAUGUCAUUAACUGCAGCAGCUAUGUGUGGAAGUGCACUAUGAGAAGCUGUCAUUACUUCUGUCAGUUCUGGAUCUUCCCCAGACCCCAGGUUCAAGCUAGAGAAGGAAGCUUUUUAAAACCAAAACCACAGGCCAAUAUACCUGGCACUGGUGCUUCGGAUAAAUAACUAAAAAUAAGAUAACACAUCUCCUUUUCAAAUGAGAACGCGUAUGAGGUGUGAAAGCUGACAUGGCUGCAUCCUUUGGGAUUCGUAACUGUUGUUCAAUGCCUGUUGGCUUGGAAGUUGUCUGAUUCUAAUAGUAAUGUGCUACUCGGUCCAGGAAUGUAGCUUGCUAAGUUGUGGUGCAAGUUUUCCUACUGCAUGAGUGCAACACAUGGUGCAUGUCCAUCAGCAGAUGGCUUCUGUGUGGGCGUAGGAUGCAUCAUUUCUGCAGGAGUGAGCUGCACGAGAUGGGGCAUUUGCUAGCAGGUAUCCAACAGUGGUGAAAAAGUACUGCUGUAAGAAUGAUAAUGUUACUGUUUCCUCAAGUUUUGGGUUCAGUGUAAAUCCUGCUGCUACAUAUACUUGCUGUGAGAUUUUAAGCAAAAGUUUGAAGUUCACUAUCUUGGGGUUACUAUUGUUCUUUAUCAAGUCUGUAGUGCUACUGGCAAUUGCUUAUUUAAACCCCAAAAAUUUUUAUGCUACAUGAUUAAAACUAUGGUAAAAAUAAAAUAUUCACAAUGCUUCCUGCAUUGAGGAAGCCAUACAUGUAUCAAUAUUUCAUCAAUUUGAAUUCCCUUCUGCAAAUCCAAGAAAAGGUAUAUUUCUUCACUUAUGCAUAACACAGGUAAAUGGGUUGCCCUAAAACUUCCAAAGAAUCCAAAUGAAAUUAACUGUGUAAACUUACAGAGGAUGUGUUUAAACAAUUGAGUUAAUUUCAGUGAAACUACAGUGUAAAUCUGGCCCGGGGAACUUGAAUAACCAGGAAAUCAGACUGGCAGUGAAAAAUGUUAAACUGUGUGGCAAGAAAGGCAACAGCAGUGUUCAAGAAUUGUAAUUUACAUGGGAAGGUGUUACCAGUGAUACUGAGAUGUGCUUUUAGUCAGAUUACUCUCCAUUUACCUCAGAGGCAGCUCUGCUACAGUGCUUUGGUGUCAAAGCUGGCUUAAGAAGUCCAUGUGGGCAGGUUGCUGCCAAGUGGCAGAACUUGCCUGCAUGUCCCUUCCCCUUGUGCAACAGCUCUCUCCCACCUUGGCAGCCUUGGCUCCUUCCCCUGGACAGGCAGGGCAGAGCACAGAGCAUGCUGUGUCUCAACAGGCAGAUGGCAUUGGUGUGCUUUCCAGCCAGGGUGUUGUACUGGUGCCUCAGCAAAUUAAUCAUGGGUGAGCUCUGCCCACUUUGCCCUCAUUUACCCGUAACUUCCCAAUAAUUUCUUGAAGUCGAAAACAUACUGAAAUUGCUAGAGAUCUGUCAUAUUUGACCUAAUUUUGGUAACCAGGCCAAAAGCAUGGGAAAAGAGAUGGCAAACAAUUCAAUAGCAAAAGUUUGUUUUCUCAGGGAAAAAAUAGCUAAAAAAAACACAGAUUAUAUAAAAAGAGAUACUGUUGUUUUUAUAGCAUUUUUUAAGAGUUCCAAAUAGUCAUGAAGAUGCAUGUCACAAAUAGGAAUUGCCAGUCUGCAACAAGUAAUUUGACAAGAUACACAGAAGGACAUCACAUAAUUAUAAGGACAAAAAAAGGACAAAUGAAUCUCUCUCAAGGUUCUUCUGUAAAGAAAGUGUCACAGACUACGUUUCUGGAUGUUGAAAUUAAUUUGAUUCUGUGGAGAUGGGAGGGGCUCCCCCUUCUGAGGUGCCCAAUAGCCUUUCGCUGUCCUGAGUGUUUAAUUUGUUCACUGUGAAGAUGACUGUCUUCAAUGGGUAUAAAAUAUACACCACUGUCUUUCAAAUAUAUGUAAGAUUAAGAAAAACUUUUCCCAAAAUGCAGAUAAUCCAUCUGCUUCAUAUUUUGAAAAAUUCCUCUUUGCCCAAAGAAUACUUUAUUUCAUUUGUUCCCAGCUGGGCAGUGAAGAGCUCAUUGAGUCUCAUUUGCUUGUUAGAUUUUGAACACCUUAUUUCAAAUGUUAUGCUACAAGUACCCAAAUGCAUGCCUGCUGUGUCUGCUUUAAGGGACAAACACAAGAUUCCCCAAGGUCUUGCCAUUCAGGAAUAGCUAUUCUGUUAUGCCUUCAGCUCCCUCUCUCUCUGUUUUAUGCUGCCUUUAUUUUUCCUGUCGCCUUUUGCUGUCUCAGGUAUCAAAAGUGAAGCUCAGCACAACUAAGGGCAGCACACCCAUGGUGCCUUAUACAGGGCACAAUUAAGGUCAGGUGGUGCUAAUUGAAAAUUCAUUAACCUGGGUGAUUGGGAGAAUGGUAAUUUACAGACUAACACUUGCAAGAGAUCAAGAUUUCUGUUUUGUAAUGUGAACACCUUGAUUUAGUUCCAGACCUAAUGUGACAGGCAGAGGCACACCCCAUGUUUGUUGUAAAAUCGCUGUUUAUUGCUUCUGACUCUAAUCCUUUUGAUGGAGUUCUGCACACCUGUGCUUUGAACAAAGCAAUAUGCAAAUGUGCUCUUCCCGUGCAGAUGAGCAUAAUUGGGCUUACUUAUUGCAAAGUAUCUACUAAUGAGGUAUAGGUACCCAGUGUGGUCAGUCACUAUGGUGGUGGUGUAUUUCUAAUGCAUGUUUCUGUGCUGUGCACUGUGAAAUUCACAACUUGGCUUGUAGCCAAAACACUUGUAUUAGGAGGAUGUUUAUAAAUUUGAGUAAUGCAAUUGUUUUUUUUAAUUUUUAAGAGGAAUGUAGGCUUACAGUUUUCGAGAAACAACUUAACUUGAGCACAUCACAAGUAGACUAAAACACUGCCUGCUGCUUUCCCAUUGAUCCUUCCAUUAGUCAGCUUUUCCCUGUUUUUCCUUAUUUUUUCUGUUUAACAUGUGAGUUGCAUGUGUAACUUUCCUUUCCCAAGUUUACUUUGUUUUGCAGAUGUCUAAACAUUUUCUUCUGGGGAAAUUUUCUAGGAAAACUUGGUUCUUCUUCUUCCUUAUUUUUUCCUUGCCAGUCAUGGAUAGUAGAGCAUGUGAAGGAAAAAUAAUUUCAGUGCUAUUCCUGCAGAGCUUGGUCUCAAUGUGUUUUAGAGCUGUUCAGGAUUUCUGCAUUUUGUAACACUGAACAAUGUAAGGCCUGAACUAACAGAUGUAAGGAUUUGACAUGCUCUGAGAGACUGUGUGUGGUUUGAUUCCAGUCAUACUGCGCUGAGAUGUCUACAGAGCCUCUGGCUCUGCCUCUGUCACGGCCUGGGCUGCUCUGGGGGGCUCUGUUUGGGUCAUUACACUUGCCCAAAGCAGGCUGGUAAUUCUCACUGGGUCUCACUGCCUGCCCCAGGGCAGUAACAAGGCUGCUGGUGUAUUUUCCCUCUGACAGCAGCUUUGCUUGGAGCAGAACUGGCUCCGCUGAUUUUUGCCGGCUCUUUUCCCGGCCUGCCCCAUCCCCUUGCAUGGUCCCGGCUUGUCAGUGUAUGGAAUUGUCUCUUGCUCCAGUGUUUUGCUAAUAAUUCUUGCAUGCUGUAAUCUGCCACUUAAUUUUUAAUGUUGGGCACAUUUAGACCUUCACUUUAUAAUCUCUUUGUCUCUUUCUCUCUCUCCCUCUUUCCCUCUCUCUUUUCUCCCUUUCCACUUUCACUAAAAAUCCC